AUGGAGAGAAAGUGGGAUUACUGGGAGAGAAGAGACAGGCUGUGGGGAAUGGAGGGAAGAGGACCAGAGAGACAGAGGCCAAGGAAUUCCUCAAAUGAUGGAGUGACUGUGAGAGGUGCUGCUGCUGCUGUGAGAGUCUCUUACCCACAGAUGAUCAGAGAUAUGCAGACUUUCCAGCCUUUUAGUGCUGCGAAGAUAGGGAGAAAUGGAGCCAACGUGGAAGGAAAGUUUGUGGAUUCAACUGUAAAACUUACUGAGAAGGUGAAACUGGAAUGCAUAUAUCCAAACAAAGCUGUGAUAAUUCAGACAUCCUGGCUGAAACUUAAUGUAACUCAUAAAGAAAAUAUAGCUGUCUUGCAUCCAAUCUAUGGCAUACAUAUUGAAGACAAAUACAAUGGAAGAAUUUAUUUUGAAAAUGUUUCCAGGGAAGACAAGUCCUUAUCCUUUAUCAAGAGCACUUUGGAGGAUGUUGGUCUUUACUUUUGCUCCAUUGUAACUUACCCAGAUGGAAUUUGGGAAAAGGCAAUAGAAAUUAUUCAGCCAGCAGAUGUUUUUGAAGUAUCUGAGAAACAAAAUAAUCCCGUGUUUACCAAGCCAGGAGGAAAUGUCACUUUUACUUGCCCUUAUAAAAUUGGAGAUGCAGUGCAGCAACUGAUGUGGGAAAAGAUUAAAGGAGAUCAGGUAGAUACCAUUGUUCUGUGCGACUCAUCAGGAAAGCAAAGCUUUGGUUCAGAUUUCAAAGAGCGUACACUGGUGGAUUGCUCUGCUCAGGCAAACUCCAUGAUCAUCAUUCAAAACAUUACUGCCUCUGACUUUGCAAUGUACCGCUGCAUGGCUACUGGAAGAAACAAAACCUAUGUGAUGAGUUUUACUGUGGCUGCAACUUGGGAUCCCAAAUGGUUUAUUUUCUACAUAGCUGGAGGAAUUUCUGCUGUCUUACUGUUAGUUUUCCUACUGAUCUUCUGCAUCACCACUGCUUAUUGCAAAAAAAAGAAGAGGAAGAGGAUCACAGAGGCCUCAUCUAAAGCUUUGCGCUCUACUUGGACCCAGCCUGAUAACAGCUAUGGAAGAUGCAAUUUUCAUGGCAUACGGAACACAGAAAGAAGAGGAGAAGAAUCAUCACUCAGGCAGACAGAAGAGAUUUACGUCAACUGCAGAAAUAGCUCACACAUACCGAGGGAAAGACCAUUAGAUUCCUUCUUAAGAAUGAAGUAA